UGUACGAGAAAAAAAAAAAAAAAACAAGCGAGGAGCGCUGAGAGGAGACGCGACGGACACAGUUUACCUCCACAUCACAAGAUCCGAGUCUGGGAGCGGAAAUUUCACACCCUGUUGGGUCGUGUUACCGUCGGAGACAUCUCAGGAUAUUUACGGGCAGAAACAAUACGAUGCAGUGUAGACUUGGCUGGUGACUGGUCUGCAGGCUCUUCACUACUUCGCCCCGGAGUCAGCCAGCUUGGGGGUGGGGUGGGGGGGCAGAUUCCUGCAUUCCCUUCCUCUCAAUCUCAGUCUUUGUCUGGACAAAACUAACCUGUCUGUCAUUGGAGUACACAAUCCAUCCUCUCCCGUGUUGCUUGGAUCAGCACAGCUCAUCUCCUGCCUGAGGAGAGCGCAGCAGCUGCACAGGAAUCACGUUUUUUUUUUUUUCUCUUCAUUUUUUUUCCCCCUCCCCCUGACUGAUCCCUCCCGGGUCGACCACACUGCCCCGUCACCAUGGUGCUGUCACAACGUCAAAGAGAUGAACUAAAUCGAGCUAUAGCCGAUUAUCUACGUUCCAAUGGAUAUGAAGAAGCAUACUCCACUUUCAAGAAGGAGGCGGAAUUGGAUAAUAAUGAAGAACUGGAUAAGAAGUAUGCCGGCCUUUUGGAAAAAAAAUGGACCUCAGUCAUCAGAUUACAAAAGAAGGUGAUGGAGCUUGAAUCCAAACUGAAUGAAGCUAAAGAUGAGCUUACUCUGGGUGGGCCCGUAACUCAGAAGCGUGACCCCAAAGAGUGGAUCCCACGCCCACCAGAAAAGUAUGCGCUGAGUGGCCACCGCAGUCCAGUCACCCGCGUCAUCUUCCACCCCGUCUUCAGCGUCAUGGUAUCGGCCUCGGAGGAUGCAACAAUAAAGGUGUGGGACUAUGAGACAGGAGACUUUGAGCGCACACUGAAGGGCCACACAGAUUCAGUCCAGGACAUCUCCUUUGACCACACAGGCAAACUGCUCGCAUCCUGCUCUGCAGACAUGACUAUCAAGCUGUGGGACUUCCAAGGCUUUGAGUGCAUCAGGACCAUGCACGGACACGACCACAAUGUUUCGUCUGUAGCCAUCAUGCCCAAUGGAGAUCACAUUGUUUCUGCCUCCAGGGACAAAACCAUAAAAAUGUGGGAGGUGGCAACUGGCUACUGUGUGAAGACCUACACAGGCCAUAGGGAGUGGGUCCGUAUGGUGCGACCCAACCAGGACGGCACACUGAUCGCCAGCUGCUCCAACGACCAGACAGUCCGCGUGUGGGUGGUGGCCUCCAAAGAAUGCAAGGCUGAGCUGCGAGAGCAUGAACAUGUGGUGGAGUGCAUCUCCUGGGCACCAGAGAGCGCCUACCCCACCAUCCUAGACGCCACAGGCACCGAGUCCAAGAAGAGUGGGAAGCCCGGCCCCUUCCUGCUCUCUGGCUCCAGAGACAAAACCAUCAAGAUGUGGGAUGUUAGCACUGGCAUGUGCCUUAUGACACUGGUUGGCCAUGACAACUGGGUGCGUGGGAUUCUUUUCCACCCUGGAGGCAAGUUUAUUGUGACUUGCGCAGAUGACAAGACCUUAAGGAUCUGGGACUACAAGAACAAGCGAUGCAUGAAAACCCUGAGUGCCCACGAACACUUUGUUACCUCUCUGGAUUUCCACAAGGCCGCUCCCUACGUGGUCACCGGGAGCGUAGAUCAAACAGUAAAAGUGUGGGAGUGUCGCUGAUUUGGACCUCGGAGAAUUGGACCACCACCCUGAUCACCCAGGCGCUCCUCCUGCCACCCCACCCCACCCCACCCCACCAAAC